AGAGAGAGAGAGAGAGAGAGAGGUGGGAAGUGAGAGAAGAGAAGGCGGUGGACGGAGAAAGUAUCCACAAUUGCUGGCAUCGAAUGCUGGAACCUGGAUUCGCAUUUCUCUUGCAGAAUUCCGAGAGAUCUGAUGCUUUUCGCCGGCGGUAUUUGAGCUAAAAAAGAGCUGCUCUGCGUUUUCUCUCCUUCAUCCCGUUAGAGAGGAGCUGAAGCAUAGCCGGAGGGAUGGCUGGAAGGGUACUGGAUUCUGCUGGUUCUCCCGAUGGAAGAUAACUGAGGUCCAGAGCUUUGACGGAGGUUCUGAGAAGCAAAAUUUGUGGAUUUAGACGAACAAGAAUCAGAUUAGUUCAGAGUUUUACUGUUCUGAGAUGUACUAGUGAUUCUGAGCUCUGUUGAUUAUGAGUAUGGCGGCUGAUUCUAAUAUGAGCUUUCAUAAUGGGGUCUUUCCUUCUUCCUUCUGCAAUCAACUUGUAGUUUCUUUCCAAUCUGGGGCAGUUAAUGGUGCUACUGGUGUUAUUCAAGGAGGAAUUAACAGUUCGGGAGGGAUGAGUGGUUCAUCUGGUAUGGUGAGGGGGGGAAACCCUAGCGGUGUUUUGAGCAACACAUCUUCCAUGAUUUUGCAAGGGAAUUCUCAGAGCAGUUUGUUCCUGGAACCCAUGGCUGGUCUGAAGCAUGAUACAGGUUUAGCUGUUGAUUGGUCCUACAAAGAACAGGCUAUCUUACAUCAUGGACUCAUCAAAUAUGCUGAUCAACCUAGCAUUUUGAAAUAUAUCAAAAUUGCUGCACUUUUGCCUGAGAAGACUGUAAGGGAUGUCGCAUUGAGAUGUCGAUGGAUGAAUAGGAAGGAAGGUGACAAACGUCGAAAACUUGAAGAAUUUUACACGGGGAAGAAGAUUAAAGAUAGAAAGGAAAAGAUGGUUAAUUCUUCUUCCAUGGAGAAUAUGCAUCAACUCAACAAUGUAGCGGGCUAUCCUUUUAUGAUGCAUCCAAUGAAUCACAACAAUCAUUUAUUAACCGAAGCUCCUGUCAUCAAUGAUGCGAUUCGACAACUUUUCCAAGAAAAUGCUCAAGUUUUUGGUCAGAUUGUAGCUAAUCUUGAAAGAUUAAAAGUUCAAGACAAUGCUGAUCUCUUUUUACGCACAAGGAAUAACAUCACGGCCAUUCUCAACAGCAUGAGUGGAAUGCCUGGAAUAAUGAGUCAGAUGCCACCAUUGCCGGUGACAAUAAACGAAGAUCUUGUUACCAGCAUCCUCCCAAACACAACUCAAGCAUUAAUAUUCAAUUCACCCAAUGGCAUUAAUGUGAAGCAAGAGCCAAGGCCCUAAGAAACCUUAAAAACGACUUUUCUUUCUGUAAAUGCUCCACGAGCUUUCUUCUUCUGUACAACACCAAGAGAAUUCUGUAAAGAUCACACAAACGUCUAGCAAUAAAAGCCUUCCCAAGAGUUUAAGAAUUCUCACUCUAGUACAUGUUUGGCCUCCAGUUUAGAGGCCUUCUAUUACAUCUAGAGAUAGAGAGAGAGAGGGAGAUAGAGAGAUAGAGAGUGAGAGAGAGAGAGCUUGGGAUGCCAACCUUUCUCAAGGUGCAUGAAGAAGAAUAUGAUUCUUUAAUGAUGUUUCAUGGUUUAAUCUUCAUUACAUUAUUGGUUGUCAUCUCAAAAUAA